GAAUUGUUUUGGGAAGAACGAGGUGUGAAGCAAAUCAGAUGUUAACCUGUCAGGAUUUACCACAGUAUGACUUGCGCUUUAUCUUGCGGUUCACUAUUUUCAGUUGAGCAACCUUAAAUCAAAAACCGGGAUGUGCCUGGGUCUUAAAGAGACACCAACAUGUUGGAGGCGAAGUUGUGAAAUUGCAGCCUCGGUGUCAUCAAAGUGGUCGUUUCAGAGUUGCCUCAUUCAGGACAUGACAGCUUUAAGAGCCAGUUAUUUAAGAAAAAGGAGCCUCCCUUUUGUCUACCAGGUCCCACACAGACACACACACACACUCUCUCUCUCUCUCUCUCCUUGUGUGUCUCUGUGACUGACUCUCAGCAACAUCACAGUGUGGAAAGGGGAGCAAGUGAGAGGGACCAUGUUCAGUUUCUGUGCGGAAGUCAUUCUCAUCUUUUCAGCCCUCACCCUGACAGUCUGCAGCUCUCUGGAGAACAGCACCUCAACACUGACUGAUCCUCCUGUGGCAGCUGCUGUCCGUGCACAUUUUGAGGAGUGCCCUUUGACUCACAGACAUUUCUGCUUCCAUGGCACCUGUCGGUUUUUGGUGCAGGAAUCUUUGGCAGCUUGUGUCUGUCAUACAGGAUACAUGGGCUCCCGGUGUGAACACGCUGACCUCCUGGCUGUGGUAGCUACACAGCAGAAACAACAAGCCCUCACCACCCUGCUUGUGGUCUCCAUCAUUGCCUCGGCUCUCCUGAUAGCGGCUUGCGUCUUACUGCAUUGCUGUCAGAAGUGGAGGAAGUCUGAGCUAUGCCAGCGGAUAUUUGCAAGGCGUGAAGCUACCCUUCUGAAGAAUGUGCCCCCCAGUGCUCAGGGAGACACAGGAGUAUGAAGAAAGCUGCUUUCUACCAGGUACAGGCAUCCAGCUGUGAGCUCACCAGUUCCCCCUCCGUAUCCUGUCUGCUGUACCUCAGCACUGGGACACACCACUCCUGUCUCACCUGCUGGUCAGCCAAUGGAAAGCAUCUUGUAUAUUGUGGAAUUCUGCUGUUUUUGUUUGUUUUUUUGUUGAUGUGAAUUAAUUUAUGGAAGUUUUGAAGUGAAGCCAUCUCUCUGAGGAAGGGCAGAAUGUAAUUUAUAGCUAUUGAGACGUAUCUGUGGGAUUAUUUGAAUAUUUAAGGAUCAGAAAGGAACUCAAAAAGUUAUAUGUUAAACUAUUUAAACUUC